AUGCUCUAUCUGUUAAAGCUGCUGCAGUGCAUGAUUAAUUUGCAACGUAUCACCAAAUUCCAAUAUGAAACUCCGGAUCUAACAGAAAGCGAAAUAAUUACGUAUUAUGAAAGUAUGCAUCCAUCUGCUGAUACCAAGAUCCAUUCAUUCUAUUUUGACAAGAAUCAUUUUAAACUGUUUAAUUCAGGAUCAAGUUCUGAAAUUGGUUGUGAUUAUAUAAAGAAUGGAGACGAUCUGCUUCCGAUUCGAAAAUACAACAAUACGAUCUAUAUGCACUGGACGAUUAACAACCUUUUGGUUAUUCCCAGAUUAUUAGAGCCUAUUGCAGUUGUUAACCAAGAACCACUCAUUGCUAAUUUUACGAAUGACAUUCAUAGCUAUAAUGGAAUGCUAAACUCUGUACAGGAGAAAAAAGAAAGGCUUGCAACUCUUCAAACAGAAGAAAGAACAAUCAACGAUCGAUUGCAUAAAAAGGAAGAACUUAGAGAUAACUUCAUGAAAUACUACUUACCCAGUGUAUCUAGACUGGCUGCUUAUCCCAAUAUUAAAUUAACGCUUCAUGAUGCACUCUUUGUCUUAUUUGACGGGGAACAAGUUUCAUUCGCCCUUCCUGUUAAUAAGAAAUACGUUGCUCCUGAUAAUGUGAUUGGACGAGAUGGCAACGAGCUUUGGCUUCCGUUAGUUCGAACAAAUAGCUUGCUAACGGUGAGGUUGACGAGCAAAGAUUGUAAUGUGAUUCAGAAGGAAGGUGGGUUUGCGUUGAUGGUAAAAGAGAAGAAAGAAAAGAAUAAUGUACUGAAACUCGAAGUUGAGGCAAAGUACUGUGGACCAAGAGUUGUUUCGGCUCGUGAAAGUUUCACCAUUGUUUUCCAUUACGGCAAAGAGGAGGUUUCGCAUCCAGCAAGAAAUGCAGUCACGACGAAUCCUGCUCUCUACAAUGACAUAUCGCGAUACAUUAAUUCUUUGCGGAACAAGGAUGUCAACAAGUUUAUGCAUCAUUUCUCGUACAUUCUGAGCUUUAUUCUGUGUACAGAUCAAGAAGAUAAGAGAAAAAAACUGUUGGAAAUUGUCCAGAAUAGUGCAGAGGAUACAGAGCUUUGUCAUGCACUUCAGAAAGAAGCGGAAACGGUCCUGGAGACGUUGAAGCAAUCGCAUGCAUUGAAGUGGAAUCGCACAGACAGAGUGCAGUAUCAGCCAACGACAAGCCGAUUCUCCAACAUGACAGGGAUGAGCACCGUCGAGCAAUUCCAGUAUAUUUACGAAAGACGAAAUGAAACAAAUGCGACCGAUCGAGCAGCGGGUCGAUCGAAGAUGAUCGAGAUUAAAAGAAUUGAUGUGAGUCCAUCUGAGAAGAAGCUGCCUCAGCCGAUUCUUCGCACAAUCUACUCACUCUCCUCUCAAUUGGUGAUACAGAUGAAAAAGCUGCUAAAAGACAAGUGUACAUCGACAAUUGAUAUUAUCGUUGACGCGAAUUGCUCGAUGAAUCGUCACACUCGUCGCGUCCGAUCCAUCGUUACCUCUGUUUUGGUAACUCUCUGUGUGGAAUGCGGAUUUGAGUAUCAUCUAUUUGUAUCUUGUGGACGAUAUAAAGUGGCUGAGAUUGUGAGUCCAAAAAGAAACAUGGAAGAUUUGUACUCACUGAUCGUCGAUAUGGAGUUUUUGAAGGUAGUGGAUUCAUCACCGUUGGAUUUGCUUUCCGUUGAGGGUCGUUUUAAGCGUGAUGACUUUUUCUUCAUUGUGAGCGACGGGUUCUGUAAGCAGCUUCUCUCAGGACCUAAUGAAAUAACAAAUGCUCUAGCUUCUUAUCCCAAUAUGUAUUUGUUCUUCCUCACUCAGACUUCGAAAGCUUGUAGCAGAGAAGACAUCAGCCAUCUCAACGAAGAGCUCAAUAGGAAGUUCGAUAAUGGCAAAAAACGAUUUGAUAUUGAAACGGCAACCGACUUGUUGAAGCAUGCGAGGAAACUAGGAGAACUUCCCUUCACCAAGGUUUCCGAUGAGAUCAACAGAGACUGCCAGAUGAGUCCGGCUCCCAAACUGUCUUGGGAAUGGAUUGAUACGUUCCCUGAAGAAUGGCCUUGCACGAAGUCGAUGGCUCGUGUGUAUGGUCUGGAAACUCAAAACAUGAUGAGUGCCCUCCCUGUCGUGUCUGAAAUGGACAAAUGCAUAAGGCCAGUUGAGCAGACUAUCAAUCUGAUCGAUUCCAUAAAAAGUCCGAUUCCUUCCAACAAUCUUGUAGACGCGCUUUACACCACUCUGCUUUCCCCUCCCAUUCCGUCUCAUGUCGUGUAUGCAUCUGAGGGCCGAAGUGUGUCCUUCUUGCGACAUCACCAGUCUCUCGCUAGUUCUACGAGAGACUUCUUCAACUGGUGCAUUCCUACCAUCCGUCCUCGCUCUGCUGUGAGCAUUGUGAUAGACUGCUCGUCGCGGGCGUUCUCGCUUCUCAAUCGCCAGCACGCUCUUUUCACCGUGUUUUCCGUUCUGCGCAAUCUCAGCACGAUGGGCAUUGCGUGCGCUGAUGUAUGGCUCGCUCAUGAACAAACAACACGCGUCGCUACAGGCAUUUCUGCCGAUCAGCUAUGGACGAACAGCAUUCUUGAUCCGAUUUAUGAAGCCUCAUUAAAUCCCUACUCACCCACAUCGAUUGCUCAUACGAUCAAAGUGGCCGGAUCGACGUGUGCAUUGAGAGAUAUGCCGACUGUGAUGUUGGUGUUUACCAACGGAGUGACGGCCGACAGAGUCCGAAAUGAGAUCCAGAGUGCGAUGCUAUCGAUGAAGGUGAGAGCUGUGGGAAUUGGAAUCGGUUCCUAUUUGAACAUGUUCAGUCAUUUCUUGCCUGAGAUGGUGUGGAAUGCGAACCCGCUGCAUCUGGCCGAUUCGAUUCUCAAUUUGCAAGCGCCGAAUGCAUUCGAUGUAGAGAACGGUGUACUGGAAGUGACAAGUGAAGAUGGAGUUCUAACAGAAUGCGAAGACAUUUUUCACAAGGCAGAGAUAGAAGGAAUUAUGAAGAAUAUUGCUUAG